AUGGGUUCUCUGCAGGAACGAACAAGAGGAGUGGGGAGGAAGGGAGGAGGGUUCACCACACUUCAGAAUAGGCUGGACUGUCAAAAAGGCAAAAAAAACCGCCCUGUGAUGGUCUACAGUCUCUUCGUGGCGCGAACAUGUCUCCGGGUGUCGUACUGCGAAGUCAGUGGAGCACAUAGGUCAGCGAUUGCCUGUGGUCAAAGCUUGGCAGGCCUUGGCAAGACUGCUAAGUGUGAGGCUGCACAGGAUACUACGGAUUUUGAAACAAAUGGACACGUCAACGACUUGCCAUGGAGAUUUUCUCAGAUCUGUACCUACAACGCUACGAGACCAACGGAUUUUCACGCCCUUUCCGAUGUUGCAGGAUGCAUCAACUACCACGUAGUCGCCUUGCAGGGAACAGAAUCCAGAAAGAUGGACGCCAGGCGGUUGAGUAUUGCUCUUCAUCAACAAACCAUUACUAUCAUCAACUGCUAUUGUCCAACACCAGCAGCUGUUGACUCGAAACUAAAUGCUUACUAUGAGGAUUUGGAAAAAAUCAUCCGCAAAGAAACUUCAUUCUACAAAUUCGUCGUAGGUGAUUUCACUGCAAAAAUAGGGAUGGCAGAAGAAGGGGAGCAUAGGGUCGGAAGGUUUGGAUCAAAACUUCGGAAUAAGGACGGUAACCGUCUUGUUGGACUCAUAUCUAACUUUUUUUAUCACAACACACCGAUGGACAUCGAAAUUGCCCAACGGUAUGACUCAUGCGGAGAUCGAACACUCCCACCAACCAAAGCUGGUGCUUACUGGACGUCACAGUGAUCCGUGAUCAGUGGAGAACCUCCUAAACAGUUCUUCAUCACAGGAGGCGAUAGGGAAGAUUUUCCGAACUACCGUUCAAUGGGCCUGCUGAAUGUACCAAGCUCUUCACAAAAAUUAUUCUCACUCCACAUCAAGAACAUUGGAUGA